AUGGCCUCAUUCCCUCGCGCCCUUCCAUCCCCCCUCCCCGUCCCCUCGCGCCUUACCCUCAUCGCCCUCCUCGCGCUAAUCGCGCUCCUCCGCCAGGCGGAAGCCUACACCGAGCCGCCGAUCCCCGACGGGUGCGUCGUGGAGAUAGCGGAGGUCGACCGGGAGGCCAUGCGCGCGGUGUACGCAGCGCUGCCCGAGUUUAUGUUCUUCUGGCACGACAGCAUACCGCAAUACAAGAUGUUUGACGACAGCCACAAUGUCUCCUACUGCUGCGUCGCGCCAAAGCCCGCUGAUGUGUCGUGCCGCCUCUGGUGCCCGCUCGAGUGCUCGUCCACCGGCCGCAUAACGGGCAUUAUUUCUGACCCGAGCCGCCAGGACAUGCCAGGACCCAAUGGGUUUGGAGGGAGCUGCCCGCCCGCCGCGCUGUCGCCCGCCAUUGGCGACCUCGCGGAGCUCUCGUCGCUGGUCUUCCGCCACUCGUGCCUCGCUGGUGACUUGCCGGACUCCGUCACGCGCCUCCAGAAGCUAACGAUAUUUGAAAUGCCCGAAAACAACUUCUCCGGGCCCAUUCCGCCAGGCCUCUUCCGCCUGCCCGCGCUCCGCCACGUGGAUCUGAGCACAAUCAGUGACUUCCCGGAAUUUCAACUUCAAUAUAAAGGCCUUUCGGGGUCCCUUCCCGACGGGCCCGACGCGUACUCACCGUCGUUGGAAGAAGUGAUCCUGUCCGGCAACGCGCUCUCGGGGGAGCUUCCGCGCGCCCUUCUCCGCGCGCCUGCGCUGCGCCUGUUUGACUUGCGGAACAACAACAUCACGGGGGAACUCCCAGGGGAGGCGGGCGCGUAUUCGCGGAGCAUUACCGCGCUCAUCUUGCGCAACAACAGCCUGUCCGGCGCCAUUCCGCCUGCGCUGGCGGAGAUGACGGCGCUGCGGAAACUCGACCUGGGGGAGAACCGUCUGUCCGGCGCGGUGCCCGCGACGCUGAGCGACUCCGAGUCGCUCAAAGCACUCGACGAGGUGCGGCUCGACAACAACGCGCUCACCGCGCCGUUCUGCGACGCGCUGCUGCCGGCGCGCGAGCUCUGGCUGGGCUUCAACGACUUCGGGGGCGCGACCGCCGGGAGCAGCGCCAGCGCCAGCGGCGGAGGUGAGGAGGAGGAAGGUGGGGGCUCUCUGCACGGCUGCGUGUUUCCCUCGAAGCUAGUGAGACUAAGCGCGCCGCACGCGGGCCUCCGGGGGAGCGUUCCGCACGACCUGUUCCUGGCGACGAACGCGCAGACGGGGCGCUCCACGGGCGGCUUGGAUAGGUUUAUCCAGAUGGACCUGAGCCACAACAGCCUCUCGGGCAGCCUGAAAGCUUUCACGGCGCUUCCGUCUGGGUUAUUGAACCUGUCGCAUAACAACUUCUCCGGCGGCAUUCCCGAGGUGUUUUUCAGAGAGCUGGGCGUGAACCUGCGGUUUAACGACAUUCGCGGUCCGCUGUUCGACGCAAACAUGGAGUCGCGGAGCCCGGAGGUGUGGAGUCGGCCUUGGCAUGCUCUAAGCGUGAGCAACAACAGCGCGCGCAUGGCGGGCGAUGUGGGCGCGGGGUACCUCCCCGCGCCGGCGCCUGGUGUGCAGGCCUCCGCUGCGGAGACUGCUGCUCUGCUGGCGGUGCGCGAUGCGCUCCUGGGGGAAGCAGCGUUGGGAACAGUCGGAGGAGCAGAAGGGGGAACGGCGUUGGUGAACGGCGGAAACGGCUCGUGGGCGGAGAUUCUGCGCAGCUGGGACGCGAGCAGCAGCAGCGCGUGUGCGUGGUACGGCGUGGGGUGCACAGCAGACGGACACGUGGACACACUCCACCUGAUAGGCGCUUCCAACGUCACUCUGCACCCCAACUACGUCCCGGAAUCGCCCGAAUGUGGGUACGACCAGUACGGAGACUGGACAUGCGCGCAUGAAGUUCCGCCGCCUCCCCCGCGAGUGCGGUUCUUCCUGCACGGCCUGCAUCGUGGAAGAACUAGCGCCGGCAGUGCGGUUGCAAGCGGGCAUUUGUCGGAAGCACUGGGGCAGCUGACGCAGCUCACCUCGCUACGCAUCACCGGGCACGUCCUCUCCGGUGGCCUGCCGCCGUCCCUCUCGCGCCUCUCCCACCUUGUCGCUCUCGACCUCUCCUCCAACCAUCAACUUUCUGGCUCCAUCCCCCCCGCCCUCUUCGCCCUCCCCUCGCUGCGAGAGCUCUCCCUCCGCGGGAACAACCUCACGGGAGAGCUCCUCCCAACCACCACUGCAGCAGCCGCAGCAGCACCAGCAGCGCCGCUGUCAGCGAGUUUGGAGAGUCUAGACGUGGGGGGGAACGGUCUCUCGGGGUCCAUUCCAGCUGGCGUGGGUCUUCUGACGGGUCUGACGAGCCUGGCGCUGGACCACAACCGGCUGGACGGCAGCUUGCCACGGGAGCUCGGCGCGCUCUGGAUGCUCCGAGACCUGCAGAUGCAGGGGAACGCCCUCCAGGGGGACGUCUCUGCCCUCGCUGCCAGCUUCCCCCCCCCUGCUGCUGCUGCUGCCAGCGAUGGCAGUACCGCCGACUCUGCUGUCUUGUGGGGUCUCGGGGGGGUGUUUCCGCUGCUGACCCGUCUGGACGCCAGCAGAAACGAGCUCUCGGGAGAUGCAGCCACGCUCUCCCCUCUCCACGAAGACUUCCUCACACUCAACGUCUCGCACAACCACCUCACGUGCGGCCCCUUCAACGCCUCCUGGAACGCCUACUACAUGGAUCUCUCACACAACCGCAUUAGCGCCCCGCUGCAAAGCUUGUUCCCGCUGUCCAACAGCGGCUACUCGAGUGUGCUGCGUCUGUCGCACAACCAGCUGACGGGACCCAUCCCUGCCACUCUCCUGCGAGACAAAGUUACGGACGAGUUGGAUCUCUCACACAACCUGCUCACGGGUUCAAUUCCCAUCAUCGUCAAUUUGUACACCAUGGAGACGCUUGAUCUCUCACACAACCAGCUGUCUGGCACGAUUCCUGAGCUAAAUGGUUUCUUGAAAAGAUGUGACUUGUCCCACAACCGGCUCACCGGGGAAGUCCCCCCGCCGCCAACAGGAAUGGAGCAUCUGAACGUGAGCUGGAACCAGCUUGGUGGGAUGGCCCGGUGGCAAUAUCGUCAGGGCAGGGGGUUGGAGAGUCUGGACGCGUCUCACAAUGCCAUGGCUGGAAAUCUGCCGGCCUUGGGUUACAGUGAUGGGCUGAUGAGCCUGACCUAUCUGGACCUCUCCUACAAUGCGUUCAAUGGCACUCUUGCACGAAAGACCUACCCGUUUUUGGAGCGAGCGACAGGCGCAGGAAAAGUGGAGUGUGCGUGCGGGGUGGAGGUUCGGCUGGGCCACAAUGAGCUCACUGGAAGCAUCUCUCCCUUCGUCUUCUCCUCGUGCCUCUCGCUGCUCGACCUCUCCCACAACCAGUUCUCUGGCCCCAUCCCAGACCCUCCCCCGGGAAGCAACCAGAGCUCCUCCCUCGUCCCGCUCUCCUACUUGGACCUCUCUUCCAACAAACUCACAGGAAGCAUCUCCGAUGCACUUGUCACCGGCCUCACAGCCCUAUCCCACUUGGCCCUCUCCGACAACCUGCUAUCAGGUUCUGUGCCGCGCUCGCUCGCCCUCGCCCCCGUGCUAACCCACCUCAACCUCUCACACAACCAGCUCUCUGGCCCCAUCCCAGACCCUCUUCAAGGAAGCAACCAGAGCUCCUCCCUCGUCCCGCUCUCCCACUUGGACCUCUCAUCCAAUAAGCUCUCAGGAAACAUCUCCAAUGCUCUUGUCACCGGCCUCACAGCCCUAUCCCACUUGGAUCUCUCCGACAACCUGCUAUCAGGCUCGCUGCCGCGCUCGCUCGCGCUUACCCCCGCGCUCACCGACCUCAACCUCUCACGCAACAAGCUCAAAGGCUCCCUGCCUGCCUUCUGCCAGGGCAAGCAGCGCCUCGCCUCUCUCCUCCUCUCCUCCAACGCUUUCUCUGGCCCCCUCUCCUCCCUCCUCCCCUCCUCCUCCUCCUGCGCCUCCUCCCUCCUCUCCCUCAACGUCUCCACCAACCAGCUCUCCGGCUCGCUCCCCUCAUCCCUCUCGCGCUUCACCGCUCUGCGCUCCUUGCUAGCGGCUCGCAACCGCAUGAGCGGCAGCAUACCUGCAGGGCUGGCAUCGCUGACGGCCCUGCAGGAGCUGGACGUGUCGUGGAGUGGGCUGUCAGGCACCAUCCCUGCGCUGCUGCGUGCUGCUGCCCCCUCCCUGCAAGUGCAGCUCGCUGGCAACGCCCUCUCUGGCUCCGUCCCCCCCUCCCUCUCCGACCUGCCCACCUCCUGCUUCCGCCCCGGCAACCCCAAGCUCUGUGGAAAACCCCUGCCUGACUGCAAGAAACGCUCUUCGAAGCCCAGGAAGGGCCGGGUGUAA